CGGAACCUGCCAAGUCGGUUAUGCGCCCGCAUCGGUUCAGCCAGCAUUGGCAGCGCGAUGGCAUUGUCGUGUGGGAAGAUGAGCAUGCAUGUCUGCGGCGUGUGAUGCUAUGUAACUCGUGACUCAUCGAGAUGGCAAUGCGGUACUCGAUUCCAGGGUAUAAAAGGUCGCAUCCUCGCCCGUCAGGUAGGAACAACACGAUCUUUCUCUUCCUCCACUUCAAUCAGCCAGAUCAUCCAAGCCAGCAGAGUCUCACAUUCAAGAUGGCAACCACUACUCCUUUCUCCCUCAAAGUCGAAGGCAAUGCAGAGAUCCCGCUUCCAGCUGAGAGAGCUGUCAUCAACGUCUUGGUCAAGAGCGAGGGCCACGAUAAGGAAGCAGUCUCCGACGAGGCUCUGAAUGCCGCCAAGCACGUGGAGAAGCUCCUCCGUGAGAUAUCACCUUCUGACAGCACUCCUGAGGCGAAAGCCGCUUCUCCUCUCGCGCAAUGGUCGAAGACUUCUCUCACAGCCACAAUCUUCAGCCCACGCAACGACGAGGGCCAACUUCAACCUCGCCAAUUUCGAAGCAGCAUCACAUUCGACAUCCGCUUCAAAGAAUUCAAGUCCCUUGGCGCUUUCGGAGCCAAAGUUUCAUCGGUGGCUCAUGUUGAGGUCAAAGAUAUCGAAUGGGUCUUGACCGAAGAGACCCAGGCUACCUACCGCUCGCAACUUCGUAAGAUGGCUGCCAGCGAUGCCAUGAGGACUGCCAAGGACUUUUGUGAUGCUCUUGGCUGUGGGAACCCGCGGCCUGUUGAACUCGAGGCAGAUGGGUAUCGUAGUGCUGGUCGCAAAUAUCACAUGGCGAGCCAGGAAAUUGGAGGAGGCGGUGCUGGGACUGGAGCCUCGAUCCUGCUGGAUUCUACGCCGCUGGAGCUUACGCCGCAGGAGGUUGUCAUGAAGUUGGCAGUGGAUGUGACGUUUCAUGCUGACUCGAAGAGCGGAAGUGCCUGAAUCGAGGAAGAUGUUGUUGAGCGAAAAUGAGGCAUCGUAUCUUUGCUAUCAAGUCUACAUUAAUCCAAAUCCUGCCUUUCGCGUGGGUUUUCUUCUCAUAUUCCAGACACCUGCAGCGCGUGUCCUGCGCCCGAGACCGCUUCUUCUGCAUCCAGCCUUCAGAGCAUGCAGCAUUUCGAACCCGCGCCAUCCAGCUAGGA